CAACUCUCUUCCUACCUCAGCACCAUUGGCGCCUCUCCCUGCAAGUUACCUCGCCAUGCUCUAUCCCUUCCUUCUCCAACCCUUCAUCUCCCGCCAAAAUCCCAUCCUUUUCCUCCUCGAAGCCUCCUCAUGCAACACCCUUUCCAAGAUCAUGCAGGCUCACUCUCUAUUACUCACCUCCGGCUUUUCUCUUCACCCCUUCCCUCCCAGCAAACUCCUUCAACUCCUGCUCUCCCUCCCGUCCUCUCCUCCCCUCCUCUCCUAUGCCCAGCGCCUCUUUCACCACUCCCCUUCGCCUCCUCUCUUCUCUUACAACUCUCUCAUUAAAGCUCACUCCAACGCUUUCUCCCUCCACCUCUUUCGUUCCCUGCUUCGUGACCCAUUGGCUCCUCUUCCUAACCAGUAUACGCUCACCUUUGUGCUUGCUGCCUGCCGGCCCGAUAGUGGGUUGGAGCUUGGUGAAGCGGAGCAGGUCAGAGUACAUGCUGUUCGGCGGGGGUUUGAAACCAAUUUGUUUGUUUCGAAUGUUUUGAUAAAAUUGUAUGGGAGUUGGGGAUUGGCGGGUGACGCGGAGAAGGUUUUCUGUGAAUGUUCUAACAGAGAUUUAUUCUCGUGGAAUUCGAUGAUUGGAGUUUAUGUUGGGAGCGGGGAUGUGAUGGCUGCAAGGAAGGUGUUUGACGAAAUGCCUGACAGAGAUGUGGUUUCGUGGAGCUCGGUGAUCGCGGGAUAUGUGCAGACAGGCUGGUUCUUGGAAGCCAUGCAACUUUUCCAGAAGAUGCAGCUUGCUGGUGUUGGACCAAAUGAAUUCACCUUGUCAACUAUUCUUGCAUCUUGUGCUAAUUUGGUGGCCUUGGAUCAAGGAAGAUGGAUUCAUGCCUUCAUAAACAAAUCCAGGCUCGCGGUGAAUGAGAGGCUGCUGGCAAGUCUAAUUGACAUGUAUGCCAAAUGCGGAGAGAUAGACUUCGCAUUAGACCUGUUCAAUACAGCAGAUAGCCCAAAGCAGACUGUGCGCCCAUGGAAUGCCAUUCUCACUGGUCUUGCUAUUCAUGGUUACUCUGCUGAAGCAACACAACUCUUUCAAAGAAUGGAUCAAUCUGAUGUUGUCCCUGACAAAGUAACAUUUGUAUCUCUGCUAACCGCUUGCAGCCAUGGAAGAUUUGUAGAGAAGGGUAAACUCUACUUUGAUAUGAUGAGGAGAAGAUACACUAUUGAACCUGAGCUUGAGCACUAUGGUUGCAUGGUCGAUCUUCUUGGCCGAGCUGGGCUUUUACAAGAGGCGGAAGAUAUCAUAUCAAACAUGCCCAUGAUUCCAGACGCUGCAACAUGGGGGUCACUGCUCAGUGCCUGCCGCAUCCACAAGGACAUGGAAAGGGGAGAAAAGAUUGGAAAACUCAUCAAAGAGUUGGAGCCUAAACAUGUUGGUUGCCAUGUCUUAUUAGCUAACAUUUACUCAGGAUACGGUAGAUGGAAUGAUGCAAAAGAUGUGAGGAAGAAAAUUGAAAUGGCAGGUGAGAGAAAGAUUCCAGGCUGCAGCUCCAUUGAAGUGGAUGGGAUGUUCCACCAAUUUCUUGUGGGAGAUAGGUCUCAUCCCCAGACACAGAGCUUAUACUCAUAUUUGGAUGAGAUGGCAGUCAAAUUGAAGAUAUCUGGUUAUGUUCCAGAAGUUGGAGAAGUGUUGCUCGAUGUUGAUGUUGAAGAUAAGGAGACAGCUUUAUCAAGACACAGUGAGAAAUUAGCUGUUGCUUUUGGAUUGCUCAAUACAGGAGCAGGGAUGCCUAUUCGGAUUGUGAAGAACUUGCGAGUCUGCGUGGACUGCCAUCAUGCCAUGAAGUUGAUCUCCAAGGUGUAUAAGCGAGAAAUAAUUGUUAGGGACCGGAUUAGAUUUCACCGUUUCAAAGAUGGAUCUUGUUCUUGUGGAGAUUAUUGGUGAUUUCUUGCUUUUCUGAUAACAGAUCUGCUCAAUAAGAAAGAGUUUUUAUUGGUUACUCUUGUCAUUUAGGACAAUUCUUCCAACUUCAUAGAACCAAAGAAGGGGGGCAGUGGAAAACUUAAGCCUUUCUCUACAAGAAACUGUGUUUUGUAAGACAUAUUUUUGUUGCCCCCACCUAAAUGACAGAAAACAUGUCUUUAAAAAAGAUUCAGAGGGUUGUGUUAUCCAUAAAGCCAAAGAGAGGAGGCAUAUGGGAAUCCACAUCAAUUGAAGUUCAAAGAGAGGCAUCCUUUGGGAAAAUGUAUCAUUUGUUUAGGAAAGGAUUGGAUGAUAUUCAGAGGGUUGUGUUCUAAAUAAAUUGCUGCAACAUUUUUUUU